AUGCCUCAACGUGCAGGGUCUGCCUUGAAAUACGCAGGAGUCUGUUGUCCAGAAGAUUUAAACGAACGCUUUUUUUUUCCCACAAAAUCGCCCCAGGAGGCCCCAUCAUGGGGCGAACGACCCACAGAGUUACCUUUGGGUCCCCCGCCACAGAAUGGAGGACAACAGAAACCUUAUAAAGGUUGUGGUACAAGUUCGGCCCGUGGCCCUUUGCGCAUAGCAGGUGGCCAACCUGCAAAUCCUGGCCGUUGGCCAUGGAUGGCAGCACUGUUCAGGCAUUCUCAAAGUUUUUCCAACACAGGACCUUUGGAAUUAUUUUGUGGAGGCUCCUUGAUUACUGAUAGACACGUUUUGACAGCUGCUCAUUGCACAAAUAGAAUGAGGCCGCGAGACCUCUUCGUCCGUCUAGGCGAAACAGAUCUCUCAUCAACCAGACCAGAAGGAUCUUUUACAGUUGCCGAAAUCCGCCAACAUCGAUCUUUCGAUCCUUCAUCCUACGAGCACGACAUAUCAAUCAUCCGACUAUCAAAACCAAUUCGAUCUUACGACCUUAGAAUAUCCCCAGUCUGUCUGCCGCCAAUUGGCAGCACUUGGGAGAACGAGAUGGCAGUGGUCACUGGUUGGGGCAGUUCCUAUUAUGGAGGUCCUUUGAAUAAAGGCGGUUUGAGGGAAGUUGCGGUGCCUGUUUGGAACCAGAGGGAUUGUACUAAUGCUUUUGCGCACCAGAAGCUGGUGAGCUCGGUUUUGUGUGCGAGCAGUAAACGAGGAGGAAAGGACAGUUGUCAGGGUGACAGUGGCGGUCCCUUAGUCCACAAACUAUCAACAAACGGUCGUUGGGUUCUCAUUGGUGUCGUCAGUUGGGGAAUACGAUGUGGUGAGCCAGGAAAACCAGGAGUCUACACAAGGGUCAACUCUUAUUUGGAUUGGAUCGUUAGAAAUGCAGUUUUUAGAGACAGAUGA